UAUUAAAGUUUCGGUUGGGAAAAAUAAAUUUCGGAGGAAGGAUGUGUGGAAAUUGACUGGGGUUAUCUAUAUUUUUUCCCAAAAGAAAAUUAAUGACAGAAAGAAGUUCGUAGUCUUCACCGCCUGAUAUCUAUCUCAUUCCAUAUGGAUGAAUGAGGAAGGUCCUCGUCUAUUACCCCCAACCCCACGCUACACCCUGAAACGACGACACACAACACAGAAGAAGGGAAGCACCAGCUCCAUCUACUUGUAUUCCUCAAUUAUAAUCUCCAUCUCUUCCCCCUUCAAAUCGUAGAGAGAGAGAGGUUGGGCGCGGUUUUGUAGAGAGAGAGGCCAUGGCUUGGAGGCACCUCCUAAGACAGGUUGUCAGGCAACAGCUGGGGUUGCCACGUCUUUAUGAAUUGCACAGUCAACCUCAUCUCAUUUAUAACAGCUUCCUAGCUGGUCAAGCAAAUAGGCUUCAAACUGUGCAAGAGAGGUUUCAGUCAAGUUAUGUUGGAAGCUUUUCUCGUAGAAUACGUGAUGUAGAUGGAGCAAAUGAUGUGGCGUUGCUUAAAGAGCUUUACAGACGUGAUGCAGAAGGUGUUAUAAGACUAUUUGAAAGCCAACCUUCUCUACAUUCUAACCCCUCUGCUCUUGCUGAGUACAUUAAAGCAUUAGUAGAAGUUGAUAGGCUGGAUGAAAGUGCCCUACUCAAGACUUUACAGAAAGGCAUCACUAAUUCAUUGAGAGAAGAAGAAAGUAUUGGGGGUGUAUCAGCCUUGAGGAAUGUGGGACAAUCUACAAAUGAGGGUAGUAUUGGGGGUAUAUCAGCCUUGAGGAAUGUGGGAAAAUCUACAAAAGAGGGUAUUCUUGGAACUGCCAAUGCUCCUAUCCAUAUGGUGACAGCAGAAGGCGGACAUUUCAAAGAACAGUUGUGGAGAACUUUUCGUACUAUUGCCCUUGCUUUUCUCCUCAUUUCUGGUGUCGGAGCACUUAUUGAGGACAGGGGCAUCAGCAAAGGGCUUGGUUUAAAUGAAGAGGUUCAGCCAAGCAUGGAGUCUAAUACAAAAUUUAAUGAUGUAAAGGGUGUUGAUGAGGCAAAAGCUGAGUUGGAAGAAAUUGUUCAUUAUCUUAGAGAUCCAAAGCGUUUCACUCGAUUGGGGGGCAAGCUCCCUAAAGGCGUCUUGCUUGUUGGUCCACCUGGGACUGGGAAGACCAUGUUAGCCAGAGCCAUUGCCGGUGAAGCUGGUGUACCUUUCUUCUCAUGCAGUGGCAGUGAAUUCGAAGAAAUGUUUGUUGGUGUGGGAGCCAGGAGAGUGAGGGACCUUUUUGCUGCAGCUAAGAAGCGAUCUCCUUGCAUAAUCUUUAUUGAUGAGAUUGAUGCCAUAGGAGGAAGUCGCAACCCAAAAGAUCAGCAAUACAUGAAGAUGACAUUGAACCAGUUGCUGGUGGAGCUGGAUGGGUUCAAGCAAAAUGAUGGGAUUAUUGUAAUUGCUGCAACAAACUUCCCUGAGUCACUGGACAAGGCGCUCGUGCGGCCCGGCCGUUUUGAUCGUCAUAUAGUUGUUCCCAACCCAGAUGUUGAAGGGCGAAGGCAGAUUAUGGAGUCUCACAUGUCAAAGAUUCUGAAAGGGGAUGAUGUCGACCUGAUGAUCAUCGCUAGAGGCACGCCAGGAUUCUCCGGUGCAGACCUUGCAAACUUGGUCAACAUUGCCGCUCUCAAGGCUGCCAUGGAUGGUGCGAAAGCCGUGAGCAUGGCUGAUUUGGAGUAUGCAAAGGACAAGAUCAUGAUGGGUAGUGAGAGAAAAUCCGCCGUGAUCUCUGACGAGUCAAGAAAGCUAACGGCUUACCAUGAGGGCGGCCAUGCCCUGGUCGCCAUCCACACUGAAGGGGCCCAUCCUGUGCACAAAGCCACAAUCGUCCCAAGAGGAAUGGCUCUCGGUAUGGUUGCACAGCUACCUGAGAAAGAUGAGACAAGUGUUUCACGCAAGCAAAUGCUCGCUCGCCUCGACGUGUGCAUGGGUGGGCGUGUGGCUGAAGAGCUCAUAUUUGGAGAGAGUGAAGUCACGUCAGGAGCAUCUUCUGAUCUCCAACAAGCCACCUCUCUUGCCAGAGCCAUGGUCACAAAGUUUGGGAUGAGUGAAAAGGUGGGUCUUGUCUCUCACAAUUAUGAUGAUAACGGAAAGAGUAUGAGCACCGAGACAAGGCUAGUGAUUGAGAAGGAGGUGAGAGAAUUUCUAGAGACAGCUUACAAUAAUGCGAAGACGAUUCUCACUACGCAUAACAAUGAGCUGCAUGUGCUUGCUAAUGCACUCUUGGAACAUGAAACGUUAUCAGGAAGCCAGAUAAAGAGCUUGCUAGCACAGGUGAACUCUCAGCAACAGGAGACUGCUGCAUCUCAGACCAACUCAUCGGCUGUGCCCGUGCCUCCAUCUGCCACACCAUCAGCAUCAGCAGCAGCAGCAGCAGCAGCAGCUGCGGCUGCCGCGGCUGCUGCUGCAGCAGCUGCCAAAGCCAAAGGUGUUGCUCAGCCUGUGGGAUCUUAGUAAACAGAGAGAGGAGAGUGUGUGUGUGAGAGAGAGAGAGACGCUCUCCUUUCCGUUAAUGUGUAUAAUAUUUGAGGGGCCUAUUUAUGGUGCUGAUCUUCUGAUCUUCGGGGAGUUAUGUGGGUGAGAGGUUGGGAAGUUUGGUGUAAGAGAAUGUAGAUCUGCCAUACAGGUUCGCUAGGUGUUGAAGUUCGGAUGAGAACCCGACCUUUAGUGAUUCUUGGCAGUAGUUUAACUUUAUUCACUGUAAGCUAUCUGUAUACAGGGAACUAAGCCAUAAAAACCUCUCUCCCUUUUUUUUGGUUCUUUUUUUUUUAAAUUCUUUUUCACUGCUCGAUGGCAACAUUUGUACCCAUUUUCUUCCUAAUUGGGUUACGGUACGUUUACUUUCCGUU